UUGGUGCCGUUGGCGCGAACGUGCCGAAAGUGGCGGUCGGUCAGCUCGGUCGGCGCGGUGGCGAACCAGGCGAACUCGCAGCAGCGGAGAAGUAAAUGAAUAGCGACACUGCCAGCGGUUAAACGGGAACAGUACAAAAUGCCUCAAGAGUUUCACGUAUUAAGGUGUUACAAAUGCGAAUGCUUUCAAGUACAACAGGUGAAGAAAGCGAAGAAAUGGAUAUGUAAGCUCUGCGGUGAAAAGCAGUCUGUUGUGCGGGAGUAUGGCAGGGGAUCUGGGAAAGACUGCAGGAUGCAAGUCCAAACCCUCAAUGCUAUGAGGGCAGAUCUGCAGCCCUCUGGGAACCUGUCUGAGAUGGCCAGAAAAGAAAAUAAUCGAGGAAUUGAAAAAAACGCGCAAGAAGUCCCUGUCGUCGACGAAAGUGACGCCUGCAGUGCGAGACUGUCUGGGGUGAGCAAGUGGGCCAAAUACACCAGCGACCCUAAUUUCACCGUGCCUGACUUCAAUGCUCGGAGCGGCUCAGUGCCCCAAGAAAAGCCCCAGACAGGAAAGGAUGAGGGAGGGCCAUAUGAGAGUUAUGGGCACCCUGGUAAAAAGCUGGAAACAAAAGUCAAGUCUGACCAUUCAACAAGGCCUUUGCCGUAUGACAGCCUUCAAGCUCUCCCACUUGCAAAGAGGGUUCAAGACCCUGUAAGAUACAUAGAUCAACAGCCAACAAACCUGCUGCAGUUGAGGCCAGCCAGCAUGGUCUUCAAACAGCAAAGUGCGAAUGGCUUGGAAACUGAAUCCAGCAGGCGUCCUGUGUACUCUCGUUUGGGAACCACUCAGCUGAGUGACAAGGAUUUCAGCGUGGACUUCUGAUUUUUUUUUUUUUGUGCAAACUUCAUGAAAGAUGAACCUGGCAAACUGUCUGUCAUCUAUCUACCUUCUGCUGCAGAAAGUUUUGUAUGUUAUUGGAAUGCUGAUAUUUUUUUUUCUCAUUUUAUUGACGACAAGGUGGGUGUAUUGUGUGCAGUGCUUCCACCUUUGGGCUUUAACAUUGUCAUAACCAUGUUCAUUCUUGGUAUUCUAGUCAGCCGUAAAUACAAUGCAUUGGUGCUGA